AUGACAGAAGACCAAGAUCUGUUGGCCAAGAUUGGACAACUUGCUGGGCAAAUAAAUCAGCAUAAAAACCAGACUGCGCCAUCACAACCAUCGCGUGGUGGAUAUCCUCCGUCGUCCUAUAUUUCACAUCACCCUCGGUAUCACGCAGGAUGGGCUCCCUACCGUGGAAGGAGUAGACACAUAGGAUCCAGGCGACAUACAGCCCCUCAUCGAAAUCGAACACUUGUUCUUAGCAACCUGGCUUCCCCCUCAGAAAGCCCAGGUUGUCUGUCAUCAGGUAGUACAUCUACUGGUGAAGUGAAUGAUACUAAGUCUGGAAACCAAAAUGGAUGGGUUGCCAAAAGAGACCGCCACAUACAAUUAAUAAACUCCGCAAUAUACGACAAAGAAGCUCAGGCUAGAACCAAAGCUAUUGAGGAGAGCCGUAAGCUCAAGGCUCAGAAAAGGGCACUCCGAGAAGAGGCGAAAGUCUUAAAACAUGUUCAGGGCAUUGGCGGGUACAAGCCUGUUCCUUCGCAAGUUGGCGGGAGGCAAGCGGCUUCCUUCCAGAUCACCAUUCAAGGAAUUCCAUUCCAGGUUGUUCAAGGCGGGAGCAAAUUAAUUAGGCUACCUAAUGAACCGUCGGCUGCGAGCGUUACUCCGAAGAAAGUUAACGUCGGUGGUGUAAAUUUCGUGAGAAGCAAGAAGGGAAACUUGCAUCGUUUAGGAUCAGUGGUUUCAAGAAGGAAAAAUAUGCCGAUUAAGAAGAAAGUUGAGCUGUGCAAAAGAUUUACUUCGACGGGCUCAUGUUUCAAGGGCCCUAAUUGCCCGUACAUCCACGAUCCCCACAAGGUUGCCAUCUGCAAAGAGUUUCUUCAGACGGGCAAAUGUCCAGCUGGCUUGGCGUGCGACCUCUCACAUGACCCGAGCCCUGAAAGAUCUCCCGCGUGCUUGCAUUUUCUUCGUGGGCGCUGCUCUAAUCCCUUAUGCCGAUAUGCACACGUUCGAGUGAACCCAGGUGCACCUGUUUGUCGCGAUUUUGCUAUUCUUGGCUACUGUAUCAAGGGAGAUACCUGUGAUCAGCGCCAUGUCCAUGAGUGUCCUGACUAUGCUAACACGGGGAACUGUGGGAACCGGAAAUGCCAGCUCCCUCAUGUGGACCGUGCCGGCCAAAUUCGCAAAAUUGCAGCUAACAAGGCGGAGACUUCUGAUAAAAGAGACAACGCUGAUGACGAUGACAUAUCCAGUGAGGAAGAAACUUACGAUGAAAUUGAUUCAGAUGACGUUGACUCCGAUGAUCUUGAAGAUGAUUCCGUAAUCGUCACCGAGGACCUUGACACCGGCGAAAUUUCACAGCAACAAGACUUUGUACGUUUCUCAUCCUUAGCUUAG